AUGCUGUCCCCCAUGAAGGACCAAACGCCUGAGGAGAAGGUACUCGGGUAUGUCGAGGAACCGGAUUCGCUGCAGCUGCAUCUGCUCCUUGCUCAGAAUGGGCUCAAGAUGGCCUCCGACGAGCUCCAUGUCCAAUGGGCGAUGGGGAACCGGCGACAUCCUCGAAACUGGAGUAUAUUCCGGAAGGCGUAUGAUAUCAGCUUGGUGGUGUUCCUGGAGUUGUUCACUGCUAACAUUGAUGGCCUAUUUAGAACAGCUGUCAGCACCGCAGGUUCAACUGCAGCCGGAGCUGCGGCCGUUGAGUUCGGCCUCGGAAAGACCCUGUCCAUCUUCUACUUCGUAUCAGUGUAUCUAAUAGGACAGGCAAUCGGUGGCAUCCUCUUCCCCCCUUACUCCGAAGCGUUCGGACGCAAGAAGCUCUAUGUCGUCAGUACGGCGCUGUACAGCAUCAGCUGCCUCGUCGUGGCUGCCGUCCCGUCGCUGAUAGGGGUGGUCCUGGGUCGCUUUGUGAGUGGAUUGCUCUCUGCGAUUCCCACUACUGUCGUGAUAGGCAGCAUCGAGGAUAUGUUCAACUCCCGUGACCGCAUCUGGAUGGUCUGUAUCUGGGCCAUUGUCAGCAACCUUGGUCUGGUUGUAGGGCCUAUCAUGAGCAUUUAUGUUCUGGCGGAUCUUGAGUGGCGCUGGCUGUUUUAUAUCGCAACCAUCGUGACUGGCGUUCUCACGUUUCUCCUUCUGAGCAUCCGAGAGUCGCGUCCCUCGCUCAUACUGGCACGGGAAGUUGCAAAGCUUCGCCAAGCAACCAACAUCGAUUCCCUGGAAGCUGUGAAUCCCGAUCACGCGCCGGAUCUGCGCAGCUUCGCGCGUGUCGCACUGGCCCGACCUUUAUUCCUUCUCAUCACCGAGCCGAUCGUGUUCAUAGUGUCGCUGAUCAGCGCCAUCGCCAUCGCACUGGUUUAUCUGUUUACAGAAGCCCUGCCUCCCAUCUAUGAAUCGUUCGGUUUCCGUGACCCGCAAUCCAGCCUGCCCUUCGUCGCCAUCGGCGUGGGGCUCAGCCUCGGCUUGCUGACCCGGUGUCUGGAUUUGUAUAUCAUCGACCAGCACCGGCAGCAGGGCCGCGUGUUGCUCCCCGAACACAAGCUGCUUGGUCUCUGGCUGGGAGCCCCGAUCCUCGCAGGCGCACUCUGGGUCUUCGCCUGGACGAUCCCGCCUGCAGUGAGAGAUCUGCACUGGAUCGUAUCCGCCAUCGCUCUGGGACUGGUCGGAUACUCCCUGAACGAAUUAGACUAUGUCCUGGGGGGCUACCUCACCGACAGCUAUCUAAGCUACGCAUCGAGCGGGUUUUCCGCGUUGAGCUUUCUUCGAUCGAUCCUAUCGGCUGUGUUUCCGCUAGUCUCGACGUACAUGUUCUCGGCAUUAGGGGCCAAUCUUGCUGUCACUGUGCUGGCGGCCAUGGCUACGGUCUUUUGUAUCGUGCCGCCCCUGUUCACCCGACAUGGCGAAAGCCUCCGGGCCAGGAGUAACUUUGCCAGACAGAGCUUGAGCAUGUAUCACCAGUACAGCGUUGAUGAGCAUGGAUAUUGA